AUUCGAAGAACAACAAAAAAGAAAAGCUUAAAAAGCUCAACAUGCUUAGUUGACAUGGAUGAUAUCCGGUCGUGGUGGGAAGUCCCAAGCAUCGCCCAUUUCUGCUCUUUAUUUCGUUCGGCUUUCGACCUGACAGAUUUUGACAUAGAGGAUCUCGAAAAUGGCAUCAUAUCGUCCUCAGCUGUGGAAGAAAAUUUUUUUGUCACUGACCUGCUUUGUCAGUUACUUCAAGGAUGCUACGGCAGAAAAGACAUAAGCCGUGUCAACUUUGAGCUGUACUUGAAAGACAUCCUGAAGCACAGGUGGGAAGUUGAACAGCAGAAGCCCAAUCCUCUGGUUGAUGGGGAUUUCAAAUCCCUUUCCGCAAGACACAAAGUAGAGAUUUUACACUCAAUAUGCGAUUACAGACUGGAUGCGCUAGAUGUACCAGAUUUGCUAAAGGGACUAGAUGCUGGUAACAUGCGAGUGGACCCACUAGGCCAAGAUGGAACAGGAGCUGUUUACUGGUAUUUCUACGGAACUCGUCUUUACAAAGAAGAUGCUAUUCCAGACCCAUCCCCUCAACAAGCAAAAAAACCCAAAAACAAAGCAAAAACACAAAAACCAAAAGGAAAAAGAAAAGCUGUCCAAAAGAGAAGAGGAAAAAGCUGGACAAGAAGAAAACAAAGUGCAGCAUCUUACAAUGAGAGUGAAUCUGAGAGUGGUGAUGAGGAGGAGCUAAGCUUGCCAGGGGACAAGGAUGAAGAGAGUGUGAGGAGCUGGCAUCUCAUAUGCACCACCCUGGAAGACUGGCAGGGCCUUGCUGAGAGAUUUGAGAAGAGCAAGGUUAAGUGUGAACGAGAGCUGCAUCAGUCUAUCGUGGUGGACUUCCUACCAGAAAUACCUAUACUCAUAGAGGAAAAGGAAAAGGAGUUGAGAAGAAAAUUACUUGAAACUGCACCACGACGGACUUCAAGUCGCCUAGUGACAAAACGUCAUAAUGGGGAGCCGGAGAAUGAAGAAGGACCAUUUGUGUCUGGUGAGAGGGCAGUUAACUUACAGAUUCAGGAAAUAGAGAGACAAGAAAAAGAACAACAAGAACAAGAAGAAAAAGAACAUGCCAGACAAGAAAGAGCAAGAAGAUUGCAGCUGAGAGAGGAGAGGGCCAAGUUUAUAGCGGAUGGCAAAGAUAUCCCACCAGAGCUUCUGUAUGUGAAUUCAAAUGACAAGAAGAAAGAAGAGUCCAGGGCAGAACCUGUAGAUGCUAAAACUUUAUCAGGGAUGUUAAAAGUCAUUAAAUCUGUCCGGUCUCAUAAAACCGCCUGGCCAUUCUGUGAACCUGUACAGGAAUCUUUUGCCCCAUCAUAUUUCGACAUCAUAAAGCACCCGAUGGAUAUCUCUACUAUGGAGAAAAAGGUCCGUGGCAAAGAAUACAAAACUAGAGCAGACUUCAUCGCUGACUUCAGACUGAUAGCCAGAAACUGUCACAAGUAUAAUGGACCAGAUAAUGAAUACUCUGAAAUGGUGAAUGUUCUGGAAAAGUGGUUUAACAAGGCAGUUAGAAAGUUCAUUCCAAAGAAGACUGUAGACAAUGAUGAGGAAUACCAGGGCGGUUCUACAUGUCGCUCAGCAACUUCAUCCAGACCUUCUCGUGCUGCGAGCUCACGUGCCUUGGAAGCUCUUCACCAGGCAGCAGCAGAAGCUCUCCAGGCUUCAAGUAGUGCCAAUUCUUCCAGUGACGAUCUGUCUGGUGACGAGACAUCAGGGUGUUCUUCCAAGCCUGGCUUUGUCAUUAGGAUGGAACCAUUCCCAGGGUCUAGCGCAGAUUCUAGUGCCGGUCACCAACAGUCCAGACUUGGCCAACACAACAGUCAAAUGGCCAGCUAUGGUAGUCAAAUGAACACUUCAAAUAUGCAAGCCCAUAAUACACACAACUCGAUGGCACCAGAUUUGAAUUCUUUGCAACAAAAUCACAGGGGUACAUCCAAUGAACAGCCUUUUUCGUUUACAGCAAUGUUACAAAGUUCUGAUCCUCAGUUGAUGUUUGACACGCAUGCGUUUAAUGGCUCUCACCAAGUACCUAAUAAUCAUUCAGGGGGGUACCCUGGGCAUCAGAAUGUCCCUGUUAUGAACCAACAGCAGUACCCAUUAUACAAUCCCGGCUGUCCACCAGAUAACCAAGUUAUGAACACACAGCAAUUUCAUGGCCAGUCUCCGUAUAAUGGGGAAACCAUAGAUAGAGGUGCACUAAAUCAGCUUUCCUUCUCUUCAGUGAAUUCAGGCUAUCCGAUGGCCCCUGGAAUGCAGCAGUAUCAUGGCAUGGGGAACCAAGGGACGCCGUGGAGUAGCAGACAGCAGGGAGGUGGGAACUCCCAGGCAGCAAUGAACAGCGCAGUACAAGAUGGACAGCAGGCUGCACCCAGACCUGAGCAGCCCAAGUCCACUACAAAGCUAGGGGGUGGAAUGGGUCAUGCUCUGCCUCAGUUGCCGGCACCUAGGACAUCACGGGUACAGGUGCGACCCAAAGCUCCCUCUGCCAUGUACUCUGGUCCAGGAAGCCGACCAUUCCUGCCACGGACAGGACCAGAGCCAGGGCAUAGACCACCAGGGGACCCUUUUUCUCUGCUUAAGAAAAACAUUCGAGAAUUGGAACAGAAAGACCAUUCUAGGCCAGAAGCAAAUCCUAGUCAGACUCCUCAUAGUAUGGAGCCAUCCUUGUCAAAUAGAUGCUAUGACAAUGUAUCCCCUGCAGACAGCCUUCCAGGCAGUGCUGUUUCAACUGAGAGCGAAGUUCCUAGAUCCAACAGCUCCACAGAAGAUGGGCUCAGCAUCAGAAUUAAAACAGAACACCAAGGCUAUCAGGCUUCAACAGAUGUCCAUUCACAGCAAAAACUGAGUGGCCAAGGCUCAGUGCCGAUGACCAACAUGGCAAAUACAGGCAGUGAUGAUGGCCAUGGAAAGACUGGAAAUGGGAAGUGUCAGGCAAAUACACUUACAGAUUCUUUAGAGUCCACUGGCAGUGAUAAUGAGGAAGACUCUGAGGAUGAAGGUGAGGACUCAAGUGAUUUCAGCCCCAAGAAAGAGGAUAAAGCUCAACCCCAUCACCCUCCAAGUACUUCUGAUGGCCAGCCAUGGAACUCCAAGCGGGUGACUUCUCCAGCCCUCCAAGGCCAACCUCCUGGCAAUGUCACUGUGAUGGCUGGGGGAGGGUUUCAGACUAAACAUCCUGGAGAACCCUUAACUGCUCGUGAUAGUCAGCUGUAUGGCCCUCCGAGUAAUGUAACUGUGAUGGCUGGAGGAGGCUUCCAUGUUAAACACUCUCGGGAACCUAACUCUCUUCAUCCAUCAGCUCAGGGACAUGGUUUAGACCAUCCAAAUGUUACCAGAGGUAAUUUCGAUAAUGUUUCCCAACCAGGCAGUCAAACAUCUGUGCCCAAUGUGGAAACGGGUCAUCCUGGAAAACAAAUUGAAACAAAUGCCACCAUGAUCAAUUCCCAACAAGCUGUGCCAAGUGACCUGAGCCUUUCUCAAAGGCCAGGAAGUGCCCCUGAAGCUUCAUUGGGCAUGCUUUAUUCCAAACCCCCGGAAAGCAGGUCUCCAUCAGAUAUGUACGACUUUCGCUCCAGUAUUAUGGAACAGGCAAAACUAAAGCAGCAAGACUCUAGUGGUGUCAAACCUUCUCAGCUACCCAUUAUGCAUGCUGCUCACCAAGCCUCUAAUCCAUAUGAUCCCACUCAGGCCAUGUAUGGAGCUCCAUUUUAUCCAGGCAUAGAUUACUCCAAGAGGGACCAGCAAGCAGUGGGUCAUCAGCAGGCAGUGGGUCAUCAGCAGGCACAGGAUCAUCAGCAGGCACAGGAUCAUCAGCAGGCACAGGGUCAUCAGCAGGCACUGGGUCAUCAGCAGGCACUGGGUCAUGAACAAUUGCCUUUGCAUCCAAAGGUAUCAAACAUUCCCCUUCAAUCCCAGCCGCUGAAGAAACGAAAGCUGUAUGAGAAUGUAGAACAAGAGGUGCCUGCAACGCCUCCUUCCAAGAUUUGGCGGCCCGGCGUGGACCCCAGUAGUGCUCCUACGAGUACUGCCACUGCCGACAAUUUGUCAGUCAACUCUGCAAUGGAGGACUCCAAGAAAAAGCUAUCUGAACAGUAUGAGCAAAAGACGCCGGACAGCAGCUCAGAAAUCAAGAAAGUCAGCCCAUCUACCUCGAUGAAAUUAUCCCCCACUUCCAGCAGCCAUCCAGUGAGCAGGGAUUCUUUAUUUCCUGGUAGAUCCUCUCCACAUGUGCUACAAGGUCAAGCCAUGAGUAAACAGUCCCUCAGCCUGGCUCAUCUUAAGCAGGAGAAUGGGAAGGCACCUCUCGCUCCAAAACCAGAGACAGUUAACAGUCCAAAGCAUAUGGUGUCUAUGACCCAGCCAUCACUCUCCACCAGCACCCACCCAACAUUUGUAACAGUCCCUGGCCUGGCUCAGCCUGGCCUCUACCCUCAGGGUCACCCAGGAGCUAUGGCGGCAGCCCAGCCCCAAAUGGCAAUGAUGGGCCUCCCACCCUCUGCUUUCCCCUACUACCACCCCUACAUGCUGCAGCAACGGCAUGCAGAACUAGAGAUGCAGAAGCACAUGCAUGAAAAUGGCUUGUUUUAUCACCAACAGUUAAUGCAGAGUCCUCAACAUGGAUUCCCUGGUUAUCAACAGUUCCCACCUCAUAUGGCUGCAGCUGCACAGCAGAAACUCCUGAUGCCUGAGAAUUCUGCUCAGCAGAGAUUAUUGGCUCAUCUAGCUCAGACCCACCGGGCUAAUGGACUGCUUCACCAUCAGUUCUCAGGGGCAGGUCGCCCACCGCAUCCUUGACUGGUACCUUGCUCAUCUUACAGUGUGGCCAAGUGAGAAGCCAUAUUAUAACAACGACUUGUAUAUGCAAACACAUUUGAACAACAAUAUUCCUGACUGUGCUGUAAAUAUGGAUUUCUAUUUUUGAUGCACAUGUUAUAUUAACAGGUAAUUUUGAGAGAAUUUUUUCAACGUUUCCAGUUAAUCUUAGCUGUCAAAGUUGUUUCUCAAGACAGUUAUAGCAUUAUGGUGACUUACUUCCAUACAAACAUAAUGAAUCUAU